UUAACAACCAAGCUACACAUGCUUCUCCUACUUCUCUUUGCGCGGCUGUUAGCAGCAUGGUCGCUUCCAACUAAUGCCCCUCCAACACAAGUACGCGAGUUUGACCUUGUGGUGACUUGGGCUAAGCAUGCGCCGGAUGGCUUCUCACGUAAUAUGUUCUUGAUCAAUGAGCAGUCUCCGGGUCCUACAAUUGAGGUUGAACAGAAUGAUUGGGUGAUUGUGCGUGUCAAGAACAAAUCCUGUUACAACACCACUAUACACUUUCAUGGCAUUGAAAUGCUAGGCACGCCAUGGUCUGAUGGUGUCCCAGGGCUUUCCCAGCGCGCUAUUCCACCCGGCGGCCACUUUGUCUACCAAUUCUCAGCAUCACAGUACGGCAGCUACUGGUACCACUCGCACUUUCAUGGCCAGAUAGAGGACGGUUUAUACGGACCAGUUAUUAUCCAUCCUCUUCCUGAAAGUCAGAAGCCCUUCCACUUAAUAUCUUCCGACCCUGUUGCUAUUGCCGCAAUGGUAAGGGCAGAGCGCAACGUCAAACCCGUUGCAAUCGCAGAUCUGAAUCAUUUCACCUCGGAAGAAAAAUGGAAUAUGGCAUUGGCUAGUGGUAUUGAAGACUCGUGUUAUGACUCAAUAUUGUUUAAUGGCAAAGGACGCGUGCAGUGUCUUGCUGCAGCCGAAGUUGCAGCCAAUUUGAGUGACGAACAAAAGGCUUAUUUGGCGCUGGGUAACGCAACGUCCAUGACAGACAAGUCGUGCCUACCCCCGAAAGUGCUCGCUGCAUUGGGCGACCCAAGCCAGAGCAAUCUCUCUGCUAUUCCAGCCGGAGCUUUUACCGGCUGCAAGGAGACCAAAGGCAGCAUUGAAGUUCUUCGAACCCAGUAUUCUGAACUGGACACCCAAAAUUGGCUCUCAUUGACCAUCAUUGGUUCAUUAAACUUCAUCACAGCGAUGGUAUCCAUCGACGAGCACGAUAUGUGGAUAUAUUCUAUGGAUGGCGCAUAUAUAGAACCUCAAAAAGCACAAGCUCUUGUUUUAACCAAUGGAGAUCGUUAUGGCAUCAUGGUUAAUAUUAAAAAAGUUGGAAAGUUCAAUAUUCGCUGCAAUGCAGUGAGCGCUCCUCAAGUAUUGACCGGUCACGCAAUCUUGGAGGUACAGGGCUACGGCAAGAGCAACGAGAGCGAGUCGCAGCCAUACAUCAGCAUCACAGGCGUACCAUUAUCGAAGAAUGUGACGGUAUUCAACCAAGACAUAGCAGCGCCAUUUCCACCGGAGCCAAUUUCUAAGACGGCCGAUGCGCUGUAUAAGCUCAACAUGAGGCUUGACGGGGCGUCUUAUCUUUGGGCUUUGAACUCGACUCGUCUUAUGCCCGCCACUCUCGAUAGUGACAAAACACCUAUUUUGUUUAAAAAGCCUGAAGUUGUGCAUGACAAUACAACUAUUUCAACGCGAAAUGGCACUUGGAUUGACCUCGUAUUGUUCGCCAGCACAAUACCCAUGCCGCCACAUCCAAUUCACAAACACAACAACAAAAUAUUUCAAAUUGGAGGCGGCGAUGGCGACUUUCCUUGGGCUUCAGUAGAAGAAGCUAUAAAUGAGAAACCGGAGUUAUUUAAUCUCAUAAACCCACCUAGGAGAGAUAGCUUCGCGUCAAGACCGGCGAUUAACUCAACCACGUGGAUUGUAGUACGUUAUCAAGUUGUGAAUCCUGGUGCCUGGCUGUUGCAUUGCCACAUUAGCAACCAUCUCUUGGGUGGCAUGUCGGUUAUUAUUCAAGAUGGUGUAGACAAGUGGCCAAAAGUGCCUGAGAAAUAUUUAGAUUGGAAAUUUUGAGUUGACAAGAGUUUGAUCCCUCUGCUGUUUUGUCGUAAUAAUCCAGAUUUAACGGAGCAUUGAUUGAACCAUUAAUGCACUCAUGCACUAAUGCACUCAUUUUUUUUAAAAUAGAAAGCUAA